AUUUGGCUUACAUUUUAGGGCUCAUUCAUUCAGACUUCCGGUGUGUUGUUUGCUUCGAUUUCUCUUCAAUCUGCAAAAACAGAUCGAUGGCGUUGAACAAUGGACUUAGAUCUGCUUCAAGGUUACUAACUACCUCUAAAUCGCUUCUUUCGACUCCAGUGAAAAGAGAGAUCCAUUCAAGUGGGAUGAGAAUGGGAGGAGGACAUGCGCAUGGCCAUGAUGAACCUUUCUACCUCCAUGCAAAGCACAUGUACAACUUGGACAGGAUGAAAUAUCAGAAGGUAAAGAUGCCUCUUGCUGUCUUGGCUGCCUUCAGCAUUGGUGUUGGCGUUCCUAUAUAUGCAGUCGUUUUCCAGCAAAGGAAAACUGCUUCUGGCUGAGUCAUCAUACUAACAUACUUUGCUGCAAUAAAUGUAGAAAUUUUGAAUGCUCUUCUGGGUGGAUUAUUUAUGUGUAUGGCUUUUCAUUUGAUGUGGGACUUAUUGGUUUUCUGUUGUUCAUCUUGUGGAAUGGGAACUCUGAUCCGUACUAAAUAAUAAUACAUCCUACCGAUGGCCUAUAUUUGGCUGAAUGUGGGUUUAUUGUUUUGAAUCA